UUAAGAAAAUAAAAAGCAUCAGUAUUGCAAAGACUUUCCAUGAUCCCACACCCACCUAGAAAGCCCCUCUCACCGCAGGAAGUGCGCUGACCAUUGGAGGAAUAAAAGAGGUCCUCAAAGAGCCUGAUCCUCACUCUCUCCCUGCACAGCUCAGCAGGACCUCAGCCAUGAGACUUCUCAGCCUGGCCCUCCUUGGCAUCUGCUGUCUCACUGCAUACAUUGUGGAAGGUGUAGGGAGUGAAGUCUCAGAUAAGAGUACCUGUGUGAGCCUCACUACCCAGCGACUGCCAGUUAACAGAAUCAAGACCUACACCAUCAAGGAAGGCUCCUUGAAAGCAGUAAUUUUUAUUACCAAACGUGGCCUAAAAGUCUGUGCUGAUCCACAAGCCAGGUGGGUGAAAGACGUGGUCAAGAGCGUGGACAGGAAAUCCAACACCAGAAAUAACAUGAUCCAGACCAAGCCAACAGGAACCCAGCAAUCGACCAAUACAGCUGUGACCCUGACUGGGUAGUAGCCUCUGGCACACUGUCCCUCUCCAGCCAGCCAGCUAGCUCAUUUCACUUCACACACUCAUGGACUGAGUUUAUACUCACCUUUUAUGAAAGUAUUGCAUGAAUAAAAUUAUUCCUUUGUAUUUUUACUUUUAAA